AUGGAGAAAGAUAAACCCCCACAGUUGGUGACCCCUGCGUCAGUGAAAGCCAUCAUCUCAAGGAUCGAGGCUGCCCAGCUAACUCGAGCUCAGGAGAAUAUUUCUUCCCAGCUCUCAGAAAUCUUGGACAAUGUCAACUGUGUCAUCAACCGCUUCCAGGAAGAAUUAGGAUAUGAUUUAAAAAAAAAGGCGAAACCUCCCCAGCCAGAGCAAAAGGGCAAGAACAGAUUCAUCUUGCUGGAGAAAAUUUCCUCCUUCUCCAAAGAUGCUAAGACUAAAGAGAAGCACUUGUAUGAAAUUCUUCACUGGCUAGGUGACUGGGGUGACAGCCUGACCUAUGAGGUCAAGAACAGGAAGAGUGAGGAGGAACAGGAAGCCCUGGAUGAAUGGAUCGAGGUGAUGGAAAAGGUGUUACCUCUCUCCCUCAUAGCCACCAAAGGAGGCAUCGAGUCUCUCAUUUCCCUUUGCUCCACCCUCAUUGAAGGACAAAGGAAAGGGGCACAAAUGUCCAAACAUACCUUCUGGCAGGACUGGCAGGAACAGAGCCCCAAAAAAGCGAUAUCCUGCCCUCAGCCCCUGAGCCCAGAGCAGAUGCUGCAGGACAAGCACACUACCUGCAUAAAGGUCUCCGAAGUGAAGUCCAUGUUACAGGAGCUCCUGGACUCCACCAUGUUCAACCAGGGGGAGGUUAGGGCCAUCAGGUACAUGUCUGCUGUCGUGGAGAACCUCAAUAACGCCUUGAUCCUCCAGCACAAGGAGAACAGGAGCCUGGAGGCCAAAUACAGGCACCUGAAAAUAGAAAUGACCAAAGAACUCAGCAACCAGAAGCUAUACUUCCAAAAGUCCUUCCAGGUCCUCGAGAGUAAGAGAGAUGCCCUACUAAAGCAGAUAGAAAUUUUAGGGGGAAAGUAUCAUGACCUGCUCCUGAUAAAGCAUGCCCUAGAGUUCCAGCUGAAGAAGACUCAGUCUGCUGGAGGUCAAGCAGAAGACUUAGUCAGGGUCUUGGUUGAGUUCCCAGACCCUGCCAAGAAAGACGCCCUCCCAAAGAAAGACACAGUCAUGGAGGAAACCCAACAGGAACCCAAGAAGGAGGAGCAGUUUUCACUACAUUCCCCAAGCCCCAUGGCCAUGGCCUGGGACAGUGGUGCUAUGCCUUCACCAGAUCAGCCUCUUUCCACCAUGACCAUGGAUUCAAGGAUUGCAGAUGUGUACAGGAGCAAGGACGCUGAAAGUCUUCAGCCUGCGUUGCCAUCCUCCAUGGAUCACAUGUUUCCUAAGAAAUGGGAAAGACUGUCAGCAGAAAGCCCAGGUGACAGAGCCGAAGACCUGGGCUCCCAGGAAGUGGCCUGGGAGAAGGACGGACUCCAGAUGAAGUCCCAUUUUCAGAAGCAGCUGUCCCUGGAGAGGUCGGGGAAGUUGGCCUUGGAGAGCAAGGCAGAGGCCAGGGAAGAGGAGCUCAGCUGGGAGAGGCGGAGGCAGCAGUGGCAGCAGGAGGAGGAGAUGUGGCUGCAGCGGCAGGAAAGGUGGGCCCUGCUAGAGCGGGAGCACGAGGAGAAGCUGCGGCAGUGGGAGGUAGAGGAGGUGGCAAGGCAGCAGCAGUUGAGACUGGACCAGGAGCCGAAGGGCCCAUGGAGAGAGCUGGAGAAGCCGAGAGAGGACGCAGAGAUGAUCUUCGUGCCCAUCAGUCGCUGGAGGGACUUGGAGGACGCGUCUUUGGCACCUCCCCCAAGCCGGGCCCAAUCUGCUCGCCAAGGCAGGAGGCCACGUGUGCCCAGGUCCCCUAAGACCCAGCAGCCCACCCCCAGAAACCAGAGGUCCAUGAGUUCAGCCGAGUUUACCCAGAAACCACAGGCCCACUGGCUUCCCAUGAAGCCCAAGAAAUCGGCCUCCUUUCCUGUCACAGGUACAUCCCCACGAAGGAUGACCCAGCCCCCUUUGCAUACAGCCCCAGGAACUCUGAAGGAGAAGGUAUACCAUAUAGACGUGAAGGCCCAGAGGAGGAAUCUGCAGCUCCUGACGGAGGAGGAUACUCUGGGGUUGCCCCACUAUCUGCGCAAUAAGGCGCUGGAGCUCACCACCACCACCAUGGAGCUGAAUGGGCUCAAGCUAUGGUGCCUCUGCCACAAGUACAUCUGCUACAGACACUUCCAGAGCCUCCGCCAAGACGUGAUCAACCAUAUACAAGUCGUGCGAGAAGCUGGGGCUUCCUACAAGGCCCAGAACCUCUUCCUCUUCCUGGAAAACGUGGACCACCUGCAGAAACUCCAGCUGCAGGUGUGGACAGACAAGCAGAAGGACCUGGAGGAGAAGCACCGAGAAUGCCUGAGCAGCAUGGCGACUAUAUUCCCCAAGCUCCAAAAGGAGUGGAACAUUAACCUGCACACCCCUGUGGUCAUCUCCCCGAAGUCAAGGAAAAGCAAGCCUCCUCCAUUCCUACUGCGGCACAUCCACUCCAGCAGCCCCUUCUGCAAGAGAUCCCAGGAGCUCUUUAAGACCAAGCACCAGCCACGUGUGCCCCAGCAGAUGGCCCGCCAACAGGGGAACCAGAUGGAGGCCAUGUGGAAGACUGAUGUGGCUGCCUCCAGUUACCCCAUAGAAAAGAAGACCCCGACCAGCCUGUCCUGGGACCAGCUAGGAGGUUUCCCAGACAUUCCCCGCCUGUUGGCAUUGGAUGUGCAGUCCUCCUUCCAUAAAAGCUUGAUGUCCCUCAAGGCCCGACCUAACCGGAACCAAGCCUGCAAGAUGCUGGUGCUGCCAUCGUCCUCUCGACAGGGACUAAAGGAAGACAGGGUGGCCCAGCAGCAUCAAAAGAGGCUGGUGCUCGGCUGUGAUCCCACUCUGAAAUGGUCCUGA